GACGAACUCUCGCUUGUUCACUUUCCCCCCCUCCACCUCCCAUCUCUCCAAUCUUGGGGCAACCGCUCAACUCUCCAUCUUCUCCACCCGUUUCUACUCUUUCCCCCUAUUUCAUGUCCUUGGUGCGACUGGAGAUUUAAUUCAAAGGAACACCGUCGAUCAAAUUUUAAAGCGUGGCUGCUCUAAGCGAACCUUUGGUCCUGAAGGUGACCCGUGGAAGACCUAGCGAAUCUCCCGCCGUUUGACAGCUUCUCGUUACGGCUCGCCCAGAGGCGAUCGUCAUUUAUUCCUCUGCUACUACUUUCGUUGCUGUCGCAUAUCUCGCUGCUGCUCAUUCGGUAUGUUUGGAGUUGUGAUCUCCCCUCACAUUGUGACAGUUCUGUGAAUUGUAUCCGGGCCGAUCCAGCUGUUGGCAGUUUCGCCGGCGACUCGUGCUCCCCUCUUUCGCCACCUUUUUGUCCUUUCCCAGCUCUCUGGCUGAAAAGAGAUUGCACACCGCAACAGGCUCUCUCUCUCUCCUCUCUCGUUUUACGCAUCACUCGGCUCGCUCGUACCGUCGCAUUUAUCUGGCGCUUUCAAGGCGUUUCGACUGCUUCGACGGAUCCUGCUCAGGUCGCGCGGGACAGAAAACUUUCGUCGCUCCGGUCGCGACACAGACCAACUCAUUUUCUUCGCUUUGCGUCUCCGAUUCUGAUCCGCACUUCUUGCGAAAAUCCUUGCACAAUCAAGCGUCAUGUAUGCGCUCGAAGAACGAGCGCACCCGCCGCCGCCGCCACCCCUCUCCAUCGAUCGAAUCCCUCCCCCGGCGUCGGCGUACCCAACUCCAGGCUCCGCCGGGCCGAUUCAAACGUCAAGUCAUCUAGUGCCAUUUUCGGGCAUAGAUGAGAACAAUCGCACCUGGUCCCUUCAGGUGGUACAGCAGCCCGUCCGCGCCCGCAUGUGUGGCUUUGGCGACAAGGAUCGGAGACCUAUCACACCCCCGCCUUGCAUCCGUCUCGUCGUACGAGAUGCGCAAACCGAAAAGGAGAUCGAUAUCAACGAACUCGACACGUCAUUCUACGUCCUCAUGGUAGACCUUUGGAAUGCGGACGGGACUAGCGAGGUGAAUCUGGUGAAGCAUUCGGCCACCUCUCCGUCAAUAUCCACGGCCAUGUCUUCCUCCUACCCACCACCUCCCCAGAACCCUUACCCGCAGUAUCCACCAAACGCCUACGGUCAGGUUCCAUACCCUGCCAUGAGCAAUUACUACGGAGGGAACCCCCAAAUGCCGUACGCGAACUACGGUGGCAACCCGCAAACUCCCUACUACCAACCACCAUACUAUUCGGGAGGCGGUCACAUGCCGCCUUCCAACAUGUCUUCCGCACAACCUGUCAGCGCCGGACCUGGAGGCAUGUUCACGCGAAACCUCAUCGGGAGCUUGAGUGCCAGCGCUUUCCGGCUGACCGAUCCCGACAACAAGAUCGGAGUGUGGUUCAUUCUGCAGGAUCUGAGUGUGAGGACCGAGGGAGUUUUUCGCCUGAAAAUGAGCUUCGUCAACGUCGGCACAGACUCCGCCAACGGAGUGACAGUGAUCAACCACGGGUCUCCGAAAAUCCUGGCCUCCGUCUUCUCCGAGCCCUUCCAGGUCUUCUCCGCCAAGAAAUUCCCGGGUGUCAUUGAGAGCACGACGUUGAGUAAAUGCUUCGCCCUUCAAGGCAUCAAGAUUCCCAUUCGCAAGGACGGAGUCAAGGGGUCGCGGGGGCGUAACAACGACGACGACGACGGGGACGAUUAUGAUUAAACGCCGACUGGUGGUUUCUGGCUUGCAAGGUGUUAUGCUUUUGUUUUCUUCCUCUCUUCCUUUUUCUUCUGACGCAUCCAGGUGUGGGAAAUCGGCUUUGGUCUGGUGGUGUUUUAAGGAUGGGUAAUUCUUGCUUCUUCCAGAUGGCUGGACUGUAUUGUUAUAAUUGGAUUCCGGUGUCCGGGGUGUUCUUUGGUUGCUUCUGUCUGUUCUUUUUUUUUUUUUUUC